CCUGUCAGCAGCGCUGCAGUUAAACCAAAUUCUGAGCCCCUCAAGCUAAAUGUUCUUGAGGUGGGAAGGUAUUUUCAGCCUUUUCUUCUUCUUUCAGCCCACAUGAAGCCCUCCUGUGAAUCUGAUGUCGAAGAAGAUUUAGACACGUAUCUGAAAGGUUUACGAGAAAGGGCCAACAAGAGCAUCCAGAAACUGAAAUGUACUCUGGAAGGAAAACUUCAGGAAGAAUCCUCUGAACCACCUCCAGUGGAUGGACCUGACAAUGUCCAGGGAAAUUCUGUACAUCUCUCAGAGGAAGGGGAGAGUCGCAGUGAAAUGGCAUGGCAGGAGUUACAACAUAGUCAUGCAGUGAACGAGCUCAGAGCCCUGUUGCGACAACAAGAAAUUAGAGAAAGGACAUGUUCAACAUCUACAGCCAGGAUGUGUCAUAUGAGACCAAGAAAAGAUUCUGAUCACUCACCAUCUGUUCAGGAUCUGGUACCUAUUCUUAAUGGCCAGUCAGAAUACAUUCAACAUUUGGAGGCAGAGGUCAAGCUUUUCAAGGAGGAGUUUGCACGAGUAAAGCAGCGGGUGCAGGUGGUUGUGGUUGAAAAUGAAAAACUUCGGGAAGAUCUGAAAUCAAGAACAACUUGUGAUGCUGUGAAUGAACCAUCAGUGCCCUCUUUUUCACAACAUUCAAAAGCUGCUUGCCCAGUGGAUCAAAGCCCUACCAGAACACUAAAAGUGCAUGAGAUUUCUUCACCAGCAAAGCAACAGAAUCGGCCAUGGUUGACUCUGCAACAACAAGAGUGCAGUGCUAUUGCAGAAGAAGUCAAAAAGUGGCAACUAGAAGUAGAAAAUCUAGAGACUCUGUACCAAGGGAAGACAGCAACUCUGGAGCUUCAAGUUUCCUUAUUAAGAAAAGACCUAUUGGAAUCGCAAAAGCAAUGUCAAGAAUUCAUUGAACGAUUAAAGCAUCAAGAGUCGUUGCUUGCUGCGGGCAAUGCAGAUCGUGUUGGGGGCUUGUGUUUGAAAUGUGCCCAGCACGAGGCAGUCAUGGCCCGGACUCAUAGUGACGUACACAUGCAGUCCAUAGAUGCGCUAAGAAACGAAAGAGAUGAACUGAUGAGUAUGCUGUCAAAUAUGAGAAGCAAUCUUACUGAAAUGCAGGCCAGGGAAAAUUCUGCAUAUCAGCAGGUGAAACAAUCUACAGAGAUAGCAGAAGAAGCUAAUUUGGAGAAAAUACAGGCUGUGGUCCACUGUGAGCAGCUGAAGAGCGAGUUGUUGCGCCAGAAAGAGGGGCUAGAAAGGGAACUAGCUUGUCAGCAAGAAAAAAUUGCAAAUGCCAAGAAAGCUGUACAAGAAGAAAUGAGGAAAGAGAGAGAAGAGUUGGCAUCAAAGGUGAGCUGUUUGUCAGAGAAUGUUGCAUGCCUUGAAGGUCAGUUGCAAAGGCUGAUGAGAGAGAAGGAUUCAGCAUGCAGCCAAUUGGAAGCAACUCAGAAGCAGCUAAAAUAUACCGAGAUGGAAAUGAACAAGGAAUCUGGUGAAUUGCGUUAUCAGCUGAAUCAGGUCAAAAUGAAGAAAGAAGAGGCCGAGAAGGAAUUCAGAGAGCACAGAGCAAAAACGUCCCGAGAAUUAGAACUCCAAAGACAGGAGCAACACAAACUUGAGCUGGAAAUUAAUGAAACUAAGUGUCAUUUGGAGCACGUCCAGCAGGAUGCAGCAAAAACGAAGGAUGAAUGUCUAAAGCUGAUAGAACUACUGAGCAAAGCCGAGCACCAACUGCACCUCACCAGGAUGGAAAAGGACAGUCUCCUCCAUAGUCACAGUGAUGAUGUCAAGGCCCUGGCCUUUCAAUCAAAACACCGUGAGCAAGAGCUUACAGAAAAGAUACAGCAAAUGGAGGCCCAGCAUGAUAAAACUGUCAAUGAACUGGAGGCACUACUCAGCUCUCAGAGUACACUCACAAACAAGUUGAAAGCAGAAUGUCACACUUUAAGCCAAAAGCUACAAAAGAUCACAGAAAAAAACAGAGCGGAAGUUGGCCAACUUUGCCAGGAGAAAGAAUACUUACAGGACAGACUGGAGAAACUGCAAGCAAGAAAUGAUGAAAUGGAAAACCAGUGUAUCCAGCAUGGAACAAUGCAUGAAAGAAUGAAACAGAGACUCCAACAGUUGGACCAGCACAGUCAGGCCAGUGCCCAGCAAGUGGUGGAACUACUGCAGAAGCAGAAUGAGCUGAUGAGGGAAAGGCAGGCCCUACUGGAAAAGUUGCAGUGCCUCCAGUCAUCCGGAAAUGUCACAGACAAACCUCCUGUUCUGUCGUAACACCAGGGAACCAACAGAUAUUCAACUGGAUGUCAGUCUGCAGCAGCAGGAGCAUUUUUACUUUUUUAAAGUUUUGUACAUAUUUUUGAUAUGAAGUAUGAAGUUACAACAGUCUAUUUCAACUACACUUUCACCAUGUGGUGAGGGGAGGAAUAAUUUACUCUUUAACACUACUGCAACUUGUACUGUAGUGAUCGUCGUGUACAAACAGAUGCCCAAGUGUUUUCAGUUGCAGAUUAAUAAAUAUGCUCUCAUCUUG